AUGCUAAAUCAUGAGAUCGUUGAAGUCACGCUGCUUGAAGAGGCCUGGAACUCUGACUAUCGAGCCAGGAGGAGUACCGACUCUAACCUACCUGACAGAUUGACUUUUGCUAUUCCUGUGGCUAGAGAUAAGGCAGUGAUAAGAAUGACCAGGUCAAAGUUACUGCCAGUCGUAAUGAGUGAUGGUGAAAGUACGCGGGCCGCUAACAGCUUCUCUGAGGAUGCGUCCGUGUUCACAGACCUGUCUUCCUGCGCAUCCAUGAUAGUCAGGAGGCAAUCUGGCAGCUAUAUGCUGAGAGGGACAUUCGUUCACCAAGAUGUGGCUUGGAUACUUCACUAUGAGACCAGACACCAGAGAGAUGUCCACCAGGUCACCGGCAUGCCACAUCUGAUUUCUCCUUACAUGGCCCCUAAUAUCUCUAAUGUUGGUGAAAGGCACACAGAGCGAAUGAUAGACAACAUUAUUUGGCACGUAAUCUUUUCAACAGAGUCGACCACGCUCAACACAGAAAACAACACAGCGCAGCCUGACAGAGAAGGCGAAGAAAUAGACCCGAGCUCAGAGAGGCCCACCCGGCAUGUCGUGGAAAUUGCUUUCAUCGUAGAUUUUGAAGAUUAUUGCAAGUGGGUGAAGUAUGUAGGAAUGGAGAAUACCGUCAGUGAGAUGAGGCUAUGGUACACAUUUGUUGCCGAGUCAAUCAACAUCCGGUACCAGAACAUCAAGGAUCCAGAUAUCGCUAUCAGCACUACGGUAACGGUUCUAAGAAUUUUAAACGAAACAGAUAAUGCAAACUUGUUUCCUAAUUGUAAAAAUACCAGCGUGCUCAUUGGCGAAGAAAGCCUGGAGAGCUUACAAAUAUGGUACCAGAAUCAGGAUGACCUACCGACCAGUGACCACUACAUGCUGUUUACCGGGCUGAACUUGGUCAGCAAUCAGCAUGGAGACAUCUAUGGCAAUGCGUUCCUUGGGACACUUUGCACAGUAUCCAGUGUUUCCGUCGUGGAGAAUGACUUCAACGAGAACGUUGGACACACGUGUACCCACGAGCUGGCUCACAGCAUGUCUUCAGACCACGACGAAGAGAACAGCAAAGAGACGAAGUGUGACCCCGAUAAUCUGUACAUUAUGUCGGGUUACGGCAGCAUGCCUGUGGACCCCGCCAAAGAAGGAAACACCUGGAAGUUCUCACCGUGUUCAAUUGCCUCUUUCAAGUCGUACCUCAGAAA